GGUUACGGGUUAGAAUGAGAGAUCCACAAUCUUUGCUGUGAAUUAUGAACGACCAUUAAUGAUUCUGCAGUGUUGUCCACGCCAUAUUCUAUCUACCAAAUGGAGAAGAUUAAAGUUAUCCAUUACUGUAACAAUUUCUAAUGAUUUAUUUAACGUUCUUCUGCUUGUAGAAUUACACCUCACGGCGCAGAAAACAAUAACGAUGCACUACAGCUAGCACUAAAUGCAACUCGUUCUCGUUUUGAAUGUUCCUGCCCCACACCACACCACGUAUCUCAUCCUUCGCCAGACGUGGGGGCCUAUUGUUCAACAUUCUGCUAGCGACAAAAGACCAAUACAGCAACACAUAAUCUCCCCCCAACGCGACAACGAGGACGACGACGGGAAUCUCGCAAAACUUUCCUCAUAACAAGGGAGAGGGUGUGUCUCUAGUGUUCCACCGCUUGGCCACAAGAUGCGAAAGAUGCCAGCACCCACCAGAACCGCCUUCGCAGUUAUCGUCCUUACCGUAAUUGGGUUUACCCAUUCGACGACAACUUCACCGGUCCGGAUAAACAAAUGCUGCGAGAAGUUUGAGGUCAUGUACGAUGGAAAGUGUACCGUUGCCGCCACGGUCAAUGCAACCGUGUGGAAACCAGAGUUCAUCGGUCGAAAAGGCGAACGGAACGUGCAGGUCGACAAUUAUCGUUUCGUCAUUGGACUGCCGGACUGUGGCACCAAGCAGAAGUUCAUCAUCUACGAAUACCACGACAGCCAAGACAAAUUGAUUCUCUUUCCGGAUGGUCAGCUGCGGCACCUUAGUCUGCACCACCACAGCACCGAGCAGGGUAGCGUGGGCAGCUAUUUGGACGAGGACUAUAUCGGAGACUCUAAUGGGCCGCUGCUACACUACGACUACUCGCAGGGGCUUUACUGUUUGGAUCGUGCUAUCGGCAGUGCCGGUGCAGGUGGAGAACUGAUGGAGAGUAUGAUGGCGAAGGUAUGCUCCCCGAAGGAAGAGAUCCACUGGACCGACAGUGACGUGAUGUUGCGCAAGAUCAUCAACCCGAUUUGCCAUGGUUUGGCCAUGAUCAUUCUGCUGAUAGUAGCGAUCAUUUACUUCGUGCUGCCAACGUUGCGCGAUCUCGUCGGCAACAUGGUGACAACGAUCACGAUGUGCCUGAUCGUGAGCCAGGCGGCCGAUCUGGUACGCAUCUUUACCGAGUUCAGCAACCACGUUAGCUUCCUCAUAGCGGAUCUGUUCUUCUACGUCAGCCUGCUCGGUGCGUUCUUCUGGCUAAAUGCGAUGGGUUAUUACAUCUGGAAGAUGUUCCGCACGCGUAACGUUUUCUUGCGCGUUAGCGAUGGUCGAAAGUACUGUUGGUAUUCGGGAUAUGCCUGGGGAUGUACCGGUACGAUGGCAGCAAUCGCUGUGUUUGCCCACUUCUUUCUCGAUCUCCCCGGCAGUAGCAGCAGUGCCACCGAAACCAUUCACCAUCCCGGAAGAGAAAGCUUUUUCGAGGGGCAGGACAACAUCAGCUGGUUGGGCGUAGCCGUGUUCUUUACCCCGAUUGCGUUUAUUAUUAUAGUGAACAUUUUCUUCUUCGUCACCACGUUACGCUUUAUCAAUCGGAUGCACACGUACGGACGGAUUCACCAUAAGCUACGCUGUAGCUUCGUGAUGUUCACACUCAUCUUCGCCACAAUGAGCAUCGCUUGGCUGUUUCUCAUUCUCUCGUGGUUGCAUUUUGACGGGUUGCUCUACAUGCACAUCAUUGCCAAUGCAUUGCAGGCACCCUGCAUCCUCUAUAUUUGUGUGUUGCGUCAAAAGCAUGUAACGUUCCUUGUUAAAUCAUGCUUCCGCGACCAAGCACCCCAAACGACCGAGUGGGGUGACGAGAUGACGUACAUGAACGGCGGUGAUUACUAAUAUUAGUAUUUUGGAAAAAGACGUACAUCGUUCCAUCCAGUUGACUAUACAGUCGUGUUGUAUUAUUCGAUUUCAUCUUAAACUUAUGGUAGCUACAGCAUGAUCCUCAGAAUCAAGAAAACUCCAUUUGAUAUUAUGUGGGCACAGAAGGGUCGCAGUGACCACCAGUCGCCAAGACAAAAGAUAUUCAUUGCAUCUAUUUUACCGUCCAUCGGCUCUCCAUCAGGUAAAAUGUUUUUGUACACUAAAGUGGAAUAAUCGAAUGGAUUUUACAGAGUGGGACGAACGAAAAAAAAACGAACAGAAUCUCAGGCCGAAUAUGCUUCCAGGCUUCUAAAUUCCAGUCUUCAACAGCUAAGAAUAAGCAGCAAAUAUAGUCAUAGUUCAUACGCGCAAUGAUAUGAUAGGGCACUGCUAUAUUAGUCAUAAAAUGCAGCAAAACGAACAAAAAGCAUCAGUUUUCCGCUCGAGAUCAAACAAAAAAACUACUCGUGGGAAAUGUAGAUUCUCCCGAUAUACUCCUUGCACCUUGCUCCGUGUAGAUAGUAAGUGAAGAACAAAAUAUUUGUAAAAACAUUAAAUUUUAAGCUAAUUUUAAACGUUAAUUGGUGCGCAGUUGUACUUCAACACAGCCGACAGUGUCUUACCGCUUUUUUGGCAUUAAAAAUAUACAUUUAAGGUUAAACAGAACAAGCCUCUGCAUGCAACAGAAGCGCAUACGUGGUUUUAGCAAAUAAAACGGAUU